AACAAUCGGCUACUCAAAUUUGUACAGGUAGAAUUUGAAGAUUGGUGUUAUAAUUUAAUCCGGUGUUGAAUCAUUCAAUAAUUUUAAUAUUUGUCGGCGUACAACAGUAAUUAGUGACUGUGUUGUGUCAAUUGUGAUAAUUCCUUCUCACUUGAAAGUUCAACCGAAGUUCUAUUAUGUUUGUAUGAUUAACUAGUCAAAUUAAAUACUACAGAACUUCGUAUCUUCGCAUCUCCUCUACACAAAGUUCAAAAUGAUUGUGUUCCUCACAGUAAUUUGCUGUUUAAAAUUCGUCACUGCGUUGUAUACUUCAGGAAGUGAUGUCGUUGAUUUGACUGAUUCCAACUUCGAAUCGAAAGUCAUCGAUAGCAACAAUGUCUGGAUCGUGGAAUUCUACGCUCCUUGGUGCGGUCAUUGUCAAAAUUUCGCUCCUGAAUACUCUAAAGCUGCCUCUGCUUUGAAAGGUGUAGCGAAAGUUGGCGCCGUCGAUGCUGAUAAAUACAAAUCCCUAGCUGCCAGAUUUUCUAUAUCUGGUUUUCCAACAGUCAAAGUAUUCGUUGAUAAAAAACAUCCUUCCGAUUACAAUGGUCCAAGAAGCGCUAAAGGUAUCGCUGAUGCUGCUGUAAACGGUAUUAGAGAAAAAGUUAAUUCCGCCUUGUCUGGUGGUAGCGAAAAAUCUGGAAAGAAGACUGGUAGUUCAGAUGAUGUAAUCGAAUUGACCGACGAUAACUUCGACUCCCUUGUUUUGAAUUCCGAUGAUAUGUGGUUAAUUGAAUUCUUCGCUCCAUGGUGUGGACAUUGUAAAAAUCUAGCUCCGCAUUGGGCCGAAGCUGCUACUCAGUUGAAAGGCAAAGUCAAAUUGGGAGCUCUCGAUGCCACGGUUCACUCCAAAAAAGCUUCCGAGUAUGGUAUUCAAGGCUAUCCCACCAUCAAAUACUUCCCUUCGGGAAAAAAACUGUCUUCCGGAUCUGCUGAAGAAUAUACCGGCGGACGUACCGCUAACGAUAUUGUCACUUGGGCUUUGGAUAAACACACUGAAAAUUUACCACCGCCGGAAAUGAAACAAAUUACCAACGAAGAUGUUUUGAAAGAAGCUUGUGAAAGUCAUGCUCUUUGUGUGAUCGCUGUUUUACCUCAUAUUUUAGACUGCCAAUCGGAAUGUCGUAACGGAUAUUUGAAAACAUUGAAAAAGGUUGCCGAUGGAUUCAAACGUAAACAAUGGGGAUGGGUAUGGUCUGAAGCUGGUUCUCAACCUGAACUUGAAGUAGCAUUAGAAAUCGGUGGUUUCGGUUACCCAGCGAUGGCUUUAUUAAAUCAUAAGAAAAUGAAGUACUCUAUUUUGAAAGGAUCUUUCUCCAAUGACGGUAUUUCAGAAUUUUUGAGAGAUUUAUCCUUCGGACGUGGUACAACCGCUGCGGUGAAAGGCGCCUCAUUACCAAAAGUUAAUGCAAUUGAAGCGUGGGAUGGUAAAGAUGGCGAAUUACCUCAAGAAGAAGAUAUCGAUUUGUCUGAUGUCAAUUUAAAUGACGAACUGUAAGACUACGUACAAUAUUGCCAUGAUUUCUGAUGGAUUUCUUUUCAAUUUUUAAUACUGGAUAAAUGUUAUACUCGGAAGUUCAUACUAAAUUGUGUAAUAUCGGUGAAUGUUUUUGUACUUACGUAGGAUAUUUUUUUUUUGGUAACCAAGCAUUUAUAUUAUUUUCAAACAUUCGUGAUGUUUAGAGUAUUCAACAUCUCAAUACUUUAUGGAAAUUUUUGGGAAAGUCAGUGCCUUAUUUAUUAUAUUUCGGUGGCAUUUUUUCAAAUCUGACGUCAUACAUACACGUGUCACGUUUAGUCUUAUAUUCUAGUUUUCAGUAAUGAGUUUUCGCUUUUUAAUUUAAGGCGUACUUAAUCGUAUGCUUAGGUACUUUUAAAUUGAAUACUUCCAAUGUUCUCUUUCUUCUCAAUUGUCACUCCCAAGUUUAAUUAAUAAGUAGAGUUUUUUUUUACAUUCGUUGUGGAACGUUGAACGUUUAGAUGUACAAAUGGAUAAUUUUUUGUUAAUUUUAAUUUAUUCAUUUACAAUGUUUAUAUGUAUAGUGAUUUUUUCAAUUGCUUUUUUGAUCUCUAUUAUUGGAGUGUGUAAAAAAAAAUACAACCUUUCUGAGGA